AUCGGACAUAUUCGUUGACCAUAACCUCACCACAAACGAUUGCUUUAGUUUACGAAAUCUACUGUUCACUAGUUGUCAAACCGGUAGCAAUGUCGGAUGAAAAUAUAUCUGGCUCAAGAAGCGAUGUGGCAGAUGUUGCAACGCUGUCGGAAUUGUUCGAUAAAGCGUUCAACUUAUUCAACGAGCUAAACAAAACAGACGAACCAACGAAUAGCUCAAAAAUUCAGUCGGACGUCAAACGAGCUAUGAACAUGUUCGAAGAUGCGACAAGACUAGUCUCCGUAGUUGAUAUGUUCAGCAAAAAUGAGAGCUUCGACGAAGUGCCAACGGAGAACAUCAAGUACUUUUUAUUGCCAGCCUUCCUCGGUACACUAGCUACAAAAAUUUGUAACGUGGACGAUCGACUGCAUAUUGUUAACGUCGCUGAAAUUUAUUUCGUGGACUUUUUGAAACGCGUCAAAGCUUAUGGUUUGACGGAUGUCAACGUGCCAGAAAUCAAGCCGGAUCAGGACAAGGAACAUGAUUCCGAGAGGAGUCGGUCGAACGCCGAAUUAAUUACAAGCAUGGUAAGUCGCAGAAAUACAAAAUUGCAGAGAUACAAAGAGAAAAAAGAACUGGAGUCUCGUUUAGAGACUCUGCAAAAGCAUCUGUCCAAUCCGAAUAUCGACGACGAAGUUAAGCGCGACUAUUUCGUAACGCUCAUAAAAUUAUACAUAAACUUGGCGAUAGAAGAACUGGGCAUGUUAGAGACGGAAAAACCGAUUCUCGAGCACAUGAAAAAUAUGGGGAAAGACGAAACUAUGGCCUCUCAGUCCUCCCGAAAGCACAAGCCUACCGCAACGAAGUUACAACCGAUCAUUAUUACACGGGACGAAAUGCAAAAGAAAGUAUACGGAGCUGGCUAUCCCAGUUUACCCGUUCUUACCGUUCAAGAAUUUUACGAUCAGCGGGUGAAAGAUGGAGACUGGCCGGAUCCAUCGAAGCAAAAUAAUAAAAAUUGUUUGCAAGACAUGACAAGUAGAAAUGAAAACGACGCUGAUCGAGAGGACACUAAGGAGGAACAUUUAAUUGAAACGGAUGAUCCCGAGAGAUUGGAACAACUACGUGCCAUGGAUGAGUACAAAGAUACGCACAGGAGAGGAUGGGGAAACCGUGCGAAUAGAAGUUGAAUAUAAUAAGAAAAGAAAAAAAAAAUAGAAGUUGAUCGCGAAACCACGAGACAAGUUUACGAACAUCGAGAUUGCCUAGUCGAUGUAUUUUAUAUGUACUUCUUGUUAAACGUUCUGUUUCUAAUGUGUACAUUUUCCAGACUCAUGAUGAGAUUAUGUUGAGAAUUACCUUACAAAUAAAAUUUAUCUCUUUCUUUUAGAUCUGUGUUCCAAGUUUCUGACACAAGCGCUGAGUACACGUGCCACGUGAUUAACUAUGAAACUUCGCCACAGACGAGGUGUAAGAAUAGACCCAACAAUCAAUGUAUUUUUGUGGCCUGAUUUUUCAGGGCCCAGCAUCUCAAUCCGUUUCCAUUUCAAGGCAAUUGUUGUGCAAUUUAUUAAGAUACUAUUGUAAAUUGUGUAUUUUCUUCAGAUUUUUUCAAUAAAAAACUGUUAAGUGGUA